UCAACAAGCAAAAUGUCGUCCCAUCACAGGCAGAACGCAGCAGGAAGAAGGAAAAUUCAGGUUUCCUAUGUAAUUAGAGAUGAGGUUGAGAAGUACAGUCGUAAUGGUAUUAAUGCUCUUCAAUUGGAUCCCACUCUAAAUAGACUGUUCACUGCCGGCCGAGAUUCCAUCAUCAGGAUAUGGAGUGUCAAUCAACACAAACAGGACCCUUAUAUCGCUUCAAUGGAGCAUCACACAGACUGGGUGAAUGACAUCAUCCUCUGCUGCAAUGGAAAAACAUUGAUAUCAGCCUCCUCGGACACCACAGUGAAAGUUUGGAAUGCACACAAGGGAUUCUGCAUGUCUACGUUACGGACACAUAAGGACUAUGUCAAAGCUUUAGCAUAUGCAAAGGACAAGGAGUUGGUGGCUUCAGCUGGACUGGACAGGCAGAUCUUCCUUUGGGAUGUGAACACACUGACAGCUCUGACCGCCUCGAAUAACACAGUCACCACUUCCUCAUUGAGUGGAAAUAAGGACUCCAUCUACAGUCUGGCCAUGAAUCAGACAGGAACAGUUAUCAUCUCAGGAUCUACAGAGAAGGUCUUGAGAGUUUGGGAUCCACGUACGUGUGCCAAAUUAAUGAAGUUAAAAGGCCACAAGGACAAUGUCAAAUCAUUGUUACUAAACAAAGACGGCACUCAAUGUCUCUCUGGUAGUUCAGAUGGUACGAUACGAUUGUGGUCUCUCGGCCAGCAACGGUGUAUUGCCACAUACAGAGUCCACGAUGAGGGUGUGUGGUCCCUGCAAGCGAAUGAGGUGUUCACACACAUGUACUCGGGUGGACGGGACCGAAAGAUUUACUGUACAGACCUGCGUAACCCUGACAUUCGUGUGCUCAUAUGUGAAGAGAAUGCUCCCGUUCUGAAGAUGGAGUUGGACCGAUCAGCAGAUCCUCCUCAAGCCAUUUGGGUGGCCACAACUAAAUCAUUUGUGAACAAAUGGUCUCUGAAGGGAAUGCAUAACUUUAGAGCAUCUGGGGACUUUGACAAGGACUGCAGUGCUCCUUUAACUCCAUUGUGCACACAGCCAGAGCAGGUUAUCAAAGGUGACACCAGCAUCGUUCAGUGUCAUAUUCUCAAUGACAAGAGACACAUCCUCACCAAAGACAGCAAUGACAGUGUGGCAUUCUGGGAUGUGCUAAAAGCUUGUAAGGGGGAAGACCUGGGGAAAGUAGACUUUGAUGAGGAAAUUAAAAAGCGGUUCAAGAUGGUCUACGUGCCAAACUGGUUUUCUGUAGAUCUCAAAACAGGAAUGCUGACUAUUACGCUGGAUGAAAGUGAUUGCUUUGCAGCUUGGGUGGCUGCUAAAGAUGCUGGUUUUACAAGUCCAGAUGGUUCUGACCCUAAACUAAAUCUGGGUGGGCUGCUCCUGCAGGCGCUUUUGGAGUUCUGGCCCAGAACUCACGUAAACUCAGUGGAAGAAGAGGAAAACGAGCCUAACCAUGUAAACGGUGAACAGGAGAGUCGAGUACAGAAGGGCAACGGCUAUUUCCAGGUUCCUCCACACACUCCUGUCAUCUUUGGUGAAGCCGGCGGAAGAACGCUGUUUAGGUUAUUAUGUCGUGAUUCUGGGGGAGAGACGGAGUCCUUGUUACUGAAUGAAACUGUACCUCAGUGGGUUAUUGAUAUCACUGUAGAUAAAAACAUGCCGAAAUUCAACAAGAUUCCUUUCUACCUCCAGCCACAUUCAUCAUCUGGAGCCAAAACUCUUAAAAAGGAUCGUCUGUCUGCCAGUGACAUGCUGCAGGUGCGUAAAGUGAUGGAACACAUUUAUGAGAAGAUCAUCAACCUCGACACUGAGUCACAAACCACCAGCUCUUCGGCCAAUGACAAGCCAGGAGAACAGGAGAAAGAGGAAGACGUGACAGUGAUGGCCGAAGAGAAGAUUGAACUUAUGUGUCUGGAUCAGGUUUUGGAUUCUAACAUGGAUCUCAGGACUGUUAAGCAUUUCAUCUGGAAGAGUGGAGGAGAUCUGACCCUUCAUUAUAAACAGAAGUCAACGUGAGAGCAAACGACCUCUCUGACUGCUGUAGAGUCUCCGGUCACAUUUAACACGCUUUUCUCCCACUCCAAAAGAAGCGUCCCAGAGUCUGCUAGUGACCCGUGAGGAAUGUUUUUGUCUCUUCUCAUUGUGCAGACACAAAAUAGAGAACCAGAAAGAGAGAUCUGACUCUUAAAACAGAACCUUUAACAGUUAAAGGUUAAAGGGUUAAGAUGGGCCACAGACUGACAAAGUAACUGUGAUGAGCAGAAAACUAGACAUUGUAAUUUGUACAGGCCUUUUUCUGCCUUUCCUUUAUUUUUGCCAUUUUUGUUUUUACUGUUGGUUAUGUUGUGUCCUGUUUAUCAAGCAUCAUAAUGAUGAUGAUGAUGAUAUGAUGAUGUGUGCGUCUGCAAAUAUGGACUCACUAUGUGAGAAAUCACUUCACUGCACACCAGUACUUCCAUUCUCAUACAUUCCAAAGACUUUUAAAAGUUUGUUCACCCAAAAAUGAAAAUGAUGUAAUCAAGCCCUGAUUGUGACCAUUUUGAAGGGUUUGAAUUUAUUGGCACAACUAAAGAACCAUUAUAAAGUAAAACCUUUCUUUUCUUGAUUUAAUAUAAGUUCUUAAUUCUCUUGGGGCUAUUUUUGAAUAAACGUUUUUUUCUUGUUGGAAUCACAAAGCCAAUUCCUGUUUUUUGUUCACAUAAAGCCAUAUUUUAAAAGUGUGGAAAUAUCACUCGCACAUUUGUCGUUGGAGACACUUUCUAAACGGAUAUUUCUAAGCUGAAUUUAUUUCAUUUCUGUGUAUCAGUGCAAAUCGUCAUACAAUGACUCCUGAGUAAUCUGUCCCAGACCUUGACAAAUAAAGGAAAUAAGACUGAAUUUCCAUUGGAAUAAAGUUCAAA